UCAGACGCGGGAAGUCCCCUCCCGCCGGGCUGUUCGCCUCUCGGGCAGACCUACCCUCAGCUGUAUCAGCGCUCCGCCUCCUGGCUCCUGCAGCCUGGACGGGCAACGCCGGUUGACCGGAGCGCGAGAAUUAAGCGGGUGGGAAGGUGUGAGCCGCAAACCCAGAGGAGGGCGGGAAGGAGGAAGAGGAGGCCCGGGGGUGGUCAGGGGGACUGGGGAUCCCGCCGGCAGAGGUCCCUUGGCCGCCUGACUGACUGACGGGCUGAUUGACUGCAGCGGCCUCGGGUCCGGACGGUCGGAGCGGGGCGGCGCGGUGCGGUGAGCUGAGCCAUGGCCUCGGGUGGUUAUAACCCAUGUAUAGAGAUAAUUGAACAACCCAGGCAGAGGGGAAUGCGUUUUAGAUACAAAUGUGAAGGGCGAUCAGCAGGCAGCAUUCCAGGGGAGCACAGCACAGACAACAACCGAACGUACCCAUCUAUCCAGAUUAUGAACUACUAUGGAAAAGGAAAAGUGAGAAUUACAUUAGUAACGAAGAAUGACCCAUAUAAACCUCAUCCUCAUGAUUUAGUAGGAAAAGACUGCAGAGAUGGCUACUAUGAAGCAGAAUUUGGACAAGAACGCAGACCUUUGUUUUUUCAAAAUUUGGGUAUUCGAUGUGUAAAAAAAAAAGAAGUAAAAGAAGCUAUUAUUUCAAGAAUAAGGGCAGGAAUCAAUCCUUUCAAUGUCCCUGAGCAACAGCUGCUUGAUAUUGAAGACUGUGACCUCAAUGUGGUGAGAUUAUGUUUUCAAGUUUUCCUCCCUGACGAACGUGGUAAUUUGACAACUGCUCUACCUCCUAUUGUCUCUAACCCAAUUUAUGACAACCGUGCUCCUAAUACUGCAGAAUUAAGGAUUUGUCGUGUAAACAAGAACUGUGGAAGUGUCAGAGGAGGAGAUGAAAUAUUUCUACUCUGUGACAAAGUUCAGAAAGAUGACAUAGAAGUUCGGUUUGUGUUGAACGAUUGGGAAGCAAAAGGUAUCUUUUCACAAGCUGAUGUACACCGUCAAGUAGCCAUUGUUUUCAAGACUCCACCAUAUUGCAAAGCUAUAAUGGAACCGGUAACAGUAAAAAUGCAGUUGCGAAGACCUUCUGACCAGGAAGUUAGUGAAUCUAUGGAUUUUAGAUAUCUGCCAGACGAAAAAGAUACAUAUGGCAAUAAAGCAAAGAAACAAAAAACAACUCUACUUUUCCAGAAACUGUGGCAGGAUUGUGGAGUUAAUUUUCCUGAAAGACCUAGACCUGGUCCCCUAGGAUCAACUGGAGAAGGAAGAUACAUCAAAAAAGAACCAAUCUUGUUUUCUUAUGGUGCAGUUUUGACAGAAACGUCCGGGCCAGUUUCAAGCCAAGCAGAAUCCUACUAUUCCUCAUCUGCGUCCAUCUCAAGUGCAUUGCCACAUCAUGCUUCAGCCAUACCCCCAAUGGUACCUCAGCCUUCUUCAAGCUGGUCAUCAGUGGCCCACGCCACCUCACGUUCAGUCAAUACAAAUUCACUGAGUAGUUUUUCAACAGGGACACUUUCCUCUAAUUCACAAGUUAUCCCACCAUUCCUGGAUAUGUCUGUUGUGAGUGAUUUGAAUGUGUCUAAUGCUUGCAUUUAUAACAAUACUAAUGACAUAGGCAGAAUGGAAGCAUCAUCCGUGCCACCAGCUGACAUAUAUGGUAUUUCUGAUGCCAGCAUGCUGCCCAAUUGCCCUGUGAACAUGAUAACGCCCAGUAAUGACAGCAUGAGGGAGACUGAUAAUCCAAGACUUGUGAGCAUGAAUCUUGAAAAUCCUGCCUGUACUUCAGUGUUAGACCCAAGAGACUUAAGACAGCUCCAUCAGAUGUCCUCUUCCAGUAUGUCAGCAGUCGCCAGUUCUAGUACUACUGCUUUUGUUUCACAGUCAGAGGCAUUUGAGGAAUCUGACUUUAAUUGUGCAGAUAACAGUAUGAUAAAUGAGUCAGGACCAUCAAAUGGUACUAAUCCAAACAGUCAUAGUUUUGUUCAAAAUAGUCAGUAUUCAGGUAUUGGCACUAUGCAGAAUGAACAAUUGAGUGACUCAUUUGCAUUUGAAUUUUUUCAGGUUAACUUGUAAGAUAUAAAUGGUGAUUCAAGAAUUAAAUCCCUUUAAAGGUAACCCUUUUGAUACUACCUUUAUAAAUGCAACAUUAUAUAUUUCUCUAAGACUAUACUACAGUAUAUCGUGGACCCUUGAACAACACGGGUUUGAACUGUGCGGGCGGGUCCAGUUAAUACUCAUAUUUUCUUCACUAAAUAUGUAGUGCAGUACCACACGAUUUGAGGUUGGUUGAAUUCAUGGAUGCAGAAGACAUCCCUGGAGACAGAGGGCCGACUGUACAGUUUUUUUUGUUUUGUUUUGUUUUGGCGAUACGCAGGCCUCUCACUGUUGUGGCCUCUCCCGUUGCGGAGCACAGGCUCCGGACGCACAGGCUCAGCGGCCAUGGCUCACGGGCCCAGCCGCUCCGCGGCAUGUGGGAUCUUCCUGGACUGGGGCACGAACCCGUGUCCCCUGCAUCGGCAGGUGGACUCUCAACCACUGUGCCACCAGGGAAGCCCGACUGUACAGUUUUAAACACAGAUUUUUCACUGCACUGAGCGUCUGCACUGCAACCCCCGUGUUGUUCAAGGGUCAACUGUAAUUAUAACUUUAGGUAUGUAGGGGAUUCCUCUAACGGGCAAUCUUGUCUUGGGAGCUUCUUGUUUUGCUGGCAGAGAAUUUGUUGGGAUAUAAAAGAUGAAUGCUCACUGCUUGAAGCUGCAGCUAAAAGAGAAGGAUGAACUCAUUUCCCAAAUUCAGGAAGAGUUAGAAAAAGUCCAGCAUUUACAGAAGACUUUUGCUUCAAAAGUAGAUAAAUCCACACAGACCGAACUCCUAGGCUAUGAUGCAUUGUGGAAUCCUACAUACAAAGAAAAUUUAUGUAAACCAGUGUAUUAUGAAUCUGUGACAUGUUAAAUAUUGAAUAAAAUCAAUUUUUUUCCAUUAAAAAAACCCAACUUUGGGUAUGUAGAAUACAAAGUUGGAAAGUCAUAAAAGGAAAAUUCCAAAAUAGAAAUUUAAAAGAGCUUUACUGUUUCUUCUUUUGAAACAUGUGAUCUGAUACUGUGUGUGGUGGGAAUUCUAGCAUGAGAAUCCUGCCACAUUUUCUCAGGACAGACUGAGGAGAACAUUAGAGCAAGGCUUCAGUUUUUCCAGCUACAUCUUUUUAUACUUCUUUUAUAAUGUAUUAAUGUAUUCUUAGUUAAAUGAAUUAACUGAUAUUUGCUUUUAAGCAAAUUUAAGGUAAAACCUGUAAUGGCUAUGUCAUUGGAAAAAUUAAUUCCUUAUUAUUUUUGAGGCCAAUGGGCCAAGGUGACCCCUAAGGGGUUUUCUGAGGCUUUCUGGAGUUUCUUAGAUUUACAUGUAAAUCAAAAUUUCUUUGAAAUGUUAAGUUGGGCAGCAGGCAGUUGAAGUAAGCUUUCAAGGUAUGGGAGUUCUCUACAUUUUGAACUAUUUAGAUCCAUACCUUUAAAAUUGCUUAUGAUUUUAACUUUACAUCCAUGUUUUUAAGAGGAAGAAGUUUCCUUGCACCUGUCCUCUUUGUUAUGUGUCCGAACUCACUGUAAUCUCAUCCAAUUUCAUGCUGUCAACUCCCAAAUUUUACCCCUAGCUUAGACCCACCCCUUGAACUCCAGACUUGGAGCUUAUGUGUGUGUAUAAAACUGCUUAUUUGACAUCUGUACAUAGAGAUGUAAUUAAAGCUCAAACUCAACACAUCCAGAGCUGAGUUCUUGAUCUUCCCUCCCAAACUUGCUUAUCCUUCAGUCUUCCUCAACUCAAUAAAUGGCAAUGCCAUGUUUCUAGUUGCUCAGGUCCAAAACAAUGGAGUCAUCUUUGCUUCUUUUUUUUCUUUUAUCUCUCAUAUCCAAUCCAUCAGCAAAUCUGGUAGGCCCUACCUUCAAAAUAUGUCUUAAGCUGCCCACCUCUUUUUUUUUUUUUUUUCGGCUUUAUCAGUUUCCUUUAUUUUAUCGCUGGUUCAGCAGAUAGCUUAAAUGUCUUUAAAAAAUCACCUGCCCACCUCUUUUGACCUCUGAUAUUAACAUCCUAUUCCAGACCACCAUCAUCUCUUGCAUAGAUUGAAUUAUAGCCUCCAAAAACUCUCUUUACAUCCUUGUACUCCUGCUGUCUGUUCUCCCUGAAGUAGCCACAGUGAUUAUUUUUUUUUUUUUUUUUUUUCUUUUUGCGGAAUGCGGGCCUCUCACUGUUGUGGCCUCUCCCGUUGCGGAGCACAGGCUCCGGAUGCGCAGGCCCAGCGGCCAUGGCUCACGGGCCCAGCCGCUCCGCGGCAUAUGGGAUCCUCCCAGACCGGGGCACGAACCCGUAUCCCCUGCAUCGGCAGGCGGACUCUCAACCACUGCGCCACCAGGGAGGCCCCACAGUGAUUAUUUUUAAAAGAAAUCAAACCAUAUUCACUUGCUCAAAACCAUCCAGUGGCUCCCCAUCUCACUUAAAGACCAAAAUCCUUAAAAUUAGCAGGCCCACACUCCCUCUCUUACCCUCAUUCACUACCAUUUUCCCCUUCUCAUUCAGCUCCAGGCACUCUAGCCUCAAUGCUCCUCUUCAGAAACACCGAGUACACUCCUGCGUCAGACCCUUUGUACUUCCUUGGUGGUGCAGUGGUUAGGAAUCUGCCUGCCAAUGCAGGGGACAUGGGUUUGAGCCCUGGUCCAGGAAGAUCCCACAUGCCACAGAGCAGAUAACCCCGUGAGCCACAACUACUAAGCCCGCAUGCCUAGAGCCCGUGCUCCACAGCAAGGGAACUAGUUGUAAAAUAAACGCAGCUGUAUGUGUACCUUAUGCCUUACAUCCUUCAGUCUCACUCAACUGUUAUUUGAUCAAGACCUUCCAUGACUAUAUAUACAUUGGCACUCCAUGUCUCCCCUCCUUUACAUUUGUCUGUAGCACUCAUUAUCUGACUUUACUGUUUGUUUGUUUAUAUUUGUUUUCCCAUACUGGAAUAUAAGCUCCGUGAGGGCAAAGUUUUGUGUUUUUGUUGAAUCCCACAUUUGUAGAACAGUGUCUGCUUCCUGUUAAGCACUCAGUAAAUAUUUAUUGAACAUUCAAAGAACUACUAAUAGAACUUCGGCUUUUGAAAGAAAGAAUACCUUUAAUUAUUAGAUGUUUAUGAUUUUUAUAGUUCUGCUUCAUGUGACAUUGAGUUUAUUAUAUCAGAAUCAUGUACAUUCAGGUUGAUGACUAAUAAUGGUGACCCAAGUUGUUUGAAAGCAGAGUAAUCCCAGUGGGAAAAUGACUGUAGAAUUUGGACAGUAAUCUUAAUUGUGAUGGAAUCAUCAUGAUGCUAAGUAACUUGCUAAAGAUAAAGACCUAGUUUAUUUUACAGCUAGAAUGUACGUAAAUGUUGAGAAAAUGGGAAAAUGACUGUAGAAUUUGGACAGUAAUCUUAAUUGUGAUGGAAUCAUCAUGAUGCUAAGUAACUUGCUAAAGAUAAAGACCUAGUUUAUUUUACAACUAGAAUGUACGUAAAUGUUGAGCAUAUUUCUAGCUAGAAACAAUGUGUCUUUUCACUUAAGUGUAAUAUCCAGCCAAACCAUAAAUUUACUGGAACGAUUAAAGCUAGUCAAUUUCAUCAAAAUGGGGAAUGUGUGAAUGUCAUAAAAAUUAAAAUUCUGAGUUGAAUGAUACUGGGAAAUGAGAAGGAGAGCAUGGUAAGACUUGGGGUCAGAAUAGUUUGGAAAGCGAAAGAAAAAGAUUAAAGACACCUAACUAUCAUUAAUAUUUCUUAGAAAUUAUGAUUUCAAAAGAAAUACUUCUAUUGUAUAACUUUAAAAAUCAUAAGCAUGUAACAUACUUUAGUAGAACUUACCGGGGAGAAAAAACAUGAAGGCAUUUCUUUCCUGUUCAAAAUAUGAACCCAAGAUAUCUCCAGAUAGUAGCUUAUAGAUGGUGAACUUUUUUUUUUAAUACAGAAUCCUAUAAUUUUGUAGUAACUAGCACUUAUCAGCUUAAACACUGACUGUUAGGCUAUCUAAAUGGAUACUUCAAAUUAAACAACUGACUUGUUUUGUGGGGUUAUUUUUCUAUGUAAUUUGAAUCAAGGUCCUGCUACAUUUGUGUUCAGAGUAUUUCCAAAGGAUUUUUCAUUUUUCAGGUGCUAUUUACUGAUCACAGAUUUUAUUUUAUAAUUUAAAAAAAAUGGCAACUUGCUUCUUUUUCUCUAAAUGUAUUUAUACUUUCAUCUGUUCUUUUAUCACCCUACUUUUAGUUUUGAGGAGAAGAUUACCUCUUGCUUCCUAAACUCUACUUGUAUACUGGAUCCCUCUUCCUUCUCUCCCAUCUUGUUUCUGUAUCCUCAUAUGACCAUUUAGUGCUUUUCUAGUAUAAACACGGUAACUGUUUUCUCUAGCCUAAAAGAGAAAGGAUAAACACCUUUCCUACCACUAUCAUGCUCCUUCCCUUCACAUCCAGACUUACGAAAUACUUUCAGCCUCCAUUUCCUCACUUCCCAGUCAUUCUUUAGCCUAUCAGUCUUUCUCUUUUAUCUCCUACUAUUUUCUUAUGAUAUUCUGGGAAAAGUGACCAGAGAUACCCUCCCUUGUCAAAUCUAGUGUCUCUUUAUCAGUCCUCACUCUGCUUGACCUAUCCAUAACCUAUCCUCUUGACCACUCCCUCUUCAGAUACUCCUCUCUGAGGUUGACUUUCUUUCCAGAGUCUCAUCCCCAGCGCUCAGUUGGUGCUACUUUUUUCCCCUGGGUGACCUCAUCAGUGCUCAGAAGAAAGCUUCAGCUUUCUCUUACGAUACUUGAAUGUCUUUAUAAACUGGCUACUCCUGUUGCAUUCUCUACUUUCAUUAAUGGCAUUACUAUUUACCCUACCAUCCAAGAUAUUUAAUAGGAGCCUCAAAAUCGUAUUUUAUUCUUUUUCGUCCUCACACUCAAAGAGUUAUCAAGUCCUUUUGGGUCUGCCUCCUGAAACUCUCUUGCAUUUGUCCUUUCUUCAUUCCUGCUGCUUUCUUAGUUUAGGCCUUCAUUCUUUUUCCCUAACAAGAAUCUUUUCCAUAUUGCCCCAGUUAAAGAUAAUACCCCUUCUUCCAUACACUGUAUUGCAUAGUUAGCAUUCCUUGAAGACUCUCUCAGGCCACUAGUCCUCCAUGCCUUUCGCAUGUUGCCCACUCUGCCUCUGCUUUUUACCUCCACAGCAAGCAGCCUUCAAGAUGGGGCUUCUCUGUGAAGUUUGAUCCUAGCUGAGGCACAGCUUUACACAUACCCACCCUACUGCAGAACUCCUCUCACUGAACUAUAUACAGUUAUAUGAAGUUUCUCUCCUUCACCUUUGGAACUCCAUCACUUAGCGCAAUGCCUGGCACAGUUGGUGCUGAAUAAAUGGUAGUAUUGAUAGAGAGGGAAGGGUGAAAUUGACAUAGGUAUGAUUAUAAAAAAUGUGGACAAGGAUAUGGUUUUUAAAGGGAAAGGUAUUUAACCUGGCAGGAAAAGCUACGAUGCCAAGAUUACCAGGCUUGUGACGUACUUUACCCUGUGCCUCCUGUAGUGUCAACUGUAUUGCAUAGAAAUUUUACAGUUACUAGGACUGUUUCAUAUCUCUGACCUUACUCCUCCUCUCUCUGUGUGGCAGGUUUAAUCUCAGUUCUCCUCUGGUGCAUUUCCUCAGCACCUUACCCUUGCACAGAAACUCCAGUAUUCAUGUGAUCAGUCACAUUUUUGUAUGUCUAAUGUGCAAAGCACCAUGUUAGGGGCUAGAAAUGACAUAGAGGUGAAUGAGAAAGUCUUGCUCUCAAAGAUGUCAGUCUUUUUCUUUGGAGGGAUAACAUAUAGUAAAGUGCAUAAAGUGGACUAAUUUUAAAUUUGCAGCUUGAUGAAUUUUUACAUAUGUAAAUAAUCAUUUCCAGCUCCCCAGAAGUUUCCUUCAUGCCCCUUGCCAAUCUACCUACUCCUCAAAACCACUAUUCUGAUUUCUGUCAUCAGAACCUACUAUCUUAAUGGCCUUUUACAUUGGUAACUGGGCUUCCCUACUCAAAACCUUAGUGAACAAAAACAGCUGGGUUGUCAAUUUCUAACCUAAUGCUUCAGAAAAACUAAUUAUACUGUCCAUGUUAAGAGAGACUUAGAAUUGGUGGUCCAGUCUGCCUAGUAGCUCCAAAUAAUGUCUUCUAUCAUUAAUUGAUUGUUUGAGGGAUUUAAAAACUUACUGUGUGAUGUUAAAUAGCAUGGAGAAAUGGAAAGAGUAAUUUUUAGUCAACAUCUGGGUUUGAAUCUUCAGCUCUGCCACUUAGAAGUCAUUUAAUAUUUAGCAGAUCACACUUUCUAUGGGCCUGUCUCUUCAGAUAUAAAAUGCAGAAGAAGAAACACUGUAAAUUGUAUAGUGCAAAUCAAAUGCUGUUAGUAAACCAACAUAUGCAUAUAUCCUGUGGCCCUGAUAAUCUCUAAUCCAAACACUCCUUCCAGUUCACAGAGUGACAGAUCACUAUGGAUUAGAUUCUUUAGUAAGAACCCUGGAAUGACUUCCUCUUUAGAAUGGCUAGCUAUUGCCCAAAUUUGGAGGACUUUCAUUUGGCCAUAUUCUUUCCAGAACAUUUCCUAUUGUAUAGUGAAGAUAAGGUCAAUUAAUGACUUCGGGUUCUGAAAUUCUAUGACUCAGUUUCUUUGCCAAAAUUGACUAUGAAUUGGGAGUAUUAUGACUAUCUUCCUAAGAAGGAGUCUCAUCAUAGCUAAUGAAGUGGCCACGUAAAGAUUUCUGAUCUGUUUUGUUUCUGGAGAUUGAGUAUGAGAGGGGGAAAAUUAGGGUGCUUUUUGCAUCACUAAUAAUACAAAAUUUCAUGCUAUUUAACAUUAUAAGCCCAGGAGUGGGUAGCGAAUCAGAGAUAAAUGUAUGAAUUGUCUUUACCCAGUUUUAUGCCUUUGUUUGUCUAAGACUUGGUCAAAUUAAUAUCUUAACUAAUACAUCUUAGCAGAGUUUAAAGUACAAACUUAACAUCAGUAAAGUCUCCAAAGUAAUCAUGUCACCACUACUUUCACUAAUAAAACACAGAUACAAUUUUUAAAGAAUUAUUUCUUCUAAAUAUUUUUUCUAUUCUAAAUGUCUGUGGCUUUAGAAAAAAGUACCUGCUAGUAAUUAUCUACUUAAAGGGAGUAGCAUUUAUCAUACUCUUUUUUCUUACAUUUCUUAUUUCUACAAUUUCAGUUUACUAUUGGACUUCAAAAAUUUAAA